AUGUCGCAGCUCACGAAGCGCAGCCGGGCGACGGGGGGUAUCUUCGCGAGGGCCAUCAUCAUCGAGACCGAGAACCCCGUCGUCACGGGCAUGAUGGAGGAGAGCAAAGGCUUCGCGACUGGCGCGCGGGAACUCCGAGCCAAGAUCACGAAGCUGAAGGAGGGGGCCAGGACGGCCAAGGGCACGGACAAGGCGGCUGAUAUCCAGGCCAACGCGGAGGCUGAUAAGGCGGCAGAAAAUUACCAGAGCUCGGCCCCCCCCUGCCCCGCUGCGACAAUUGUGGAGAGGCUGGCCGAGGCAGAGGUCGGGUGGGUCAACGGGCAGACCUUCGAGGCGUGGGCGACCGCAAUGGUGGGCGACCCGCCUGCGCCGUGGGGUCGGUGCCUGUUGGCUACAUGGAGGAAGAGCUGUCGGCGUGGGUCGACGUGCUGA